ACACAUCCUUCAUGUACGUGAUCUCGGUGAUGUCCAUGCUCAAGAUCUACCAGACGCGGCACCCGGACAUCAACGCCAGUGCAAGUGCUGCCUUUGCCGCUCUGGCGUUGGCCGUCGUCCUGGGCGUCGUCGGUGUGCUGACGGGGACUACUUUAUUCUGGGUCAUCUUUGGCUUCAUCCACGUGAUUUCGUGCCUCCUCCUCUCAUGCAACAUUUACUACAUGGGGAGGUGGAAGUGUGAUUUGGGUGUAUUUGGACGUAUGAAAACCUGGUUCAUGAGCGAACUAAGUGACUGGCGGGGAAUGUGCAGACCGAUGUACUGUGAUCGCAUGGUUCUGCUGCUCUUGGGUAAUGCUGCCAACUGGGGGCUGGCAAUCUAUGGAAUGGUUUCUACACCUAAGGACUUUGCCUCAUACCUUCUGAUCAUUUUCUUGACGAAUUUACUGCUCUACAUCGCCUUUUACAUCAUCAUGAAGCUGAGACACCGUGAACGCCUCCAACUGCAACCUUUGGUUUACUUGCUACUUUGCCUGUUCGGUUGGAGCGCAGCCAUCUUCUUCUACGUGCACCACACAACCACGUGGGAACUCACUCCCGCGCACAGCCGACAGUUCAACCAGGAGUGCGUCUUGCUUCACUUUUACGACACUCACGACAUCUGGCAUUUCUUCUCGGCUGCAGCCAUGUUCUUUGGCUUCAUGCUUCUCCUCACCUUAGAUGACGAUCUUGCACACACACCCCGGGAGAAGAUUCCAGUCUUCUAAGUGCCGCAAGAAACAACUCUACGACAGUGAUAUAUAUAUGUAUAUUGUAGUGCGAAGAAGGUGCUCGUAGGAGGAAGCUUGAAUGGAUAGUCUCAAGCA